GAUAUCAACAAUUACCAAGACGAAGGAUAUAUCUACCCCGCAAUUCCUAACAUCAACAUAAUCAUCCCUCAUACGCUUGCCUCAUAUCAUAUAGUAUAAUAGUUGACUCAACGAUGACGCGAAAAAUUGAUCAAUCCAAGGCAAUUCUCGUCAUUGGUGGCGGUACCUGGGGCUCCUCGACAGCGCUCCAUCUUGCUCGGCGGGGCUACAAGAAUGUUACAGUCCUUGACCACUAUUAUAUUCCCUCUGCCAUUUCAGCUGGCAAUGAUGUAAACAAGAUUUGUGACGAAGAUACCUACCCCGAUUCCGAAGAUGACCCAGAUUUCGUAUCCCGUACUCUGGCAGCUGCUUGUGCCAAGGGUUGGCUCGAAGACCCUUUGUUCAAACCGUACUACCACGCAACAGGAUAUGUCGCAGCAGCUCAUACCCCCGCCGGAUUCAAACAUCUCGAGAAGAAAGAGCUCCCUGCAUCACGAGUGGGCUUCGUAAGAAUCGAAACCCCAGAGGAGUUUCGGAAGACCAUGCCCGAGGGAGUAUUGACCGGCGAUUUUCCCGGAUGGAAAGGGUGGCAAAAGAAGAGCGGAUCGGGAUGGGUAGAGGCUCGAAAAGCUCUAGUGGCCACCGCAACAGAAGCGAUCCGACUGGGCGUCAAAUACAUCUGUGGACAGCCCGGCAAUGUCCAGAGACUCCUUUUCUCCUCUCCAGAUGAUGGGAAAACCCAUGAUAUUGUCGGUGUAGAAACCGCCGACGGAAAGCAACACCAUGCAUCGCUCGUGAUUCUCGCUGCAGGCGCCAACGCAGACGCAUUCCUCGAUUUCAAGGACCAGCUGCGCCCCACGGCAUGGACACUAGCACAUAUCAAGAUGACAGCCGAAGAAGCAAAGCUGUACAAGAACCUUCCCGUGCUAUUCAAUGUCGAAAAGGGAUUCUUUAUGGAACCUGAUUUCGUCAACCACGAGUUAAAAUUCUGCGACGAGCAUCCGGGAUACUGCAACUGGGUAGAUGUUCCCGUAACGGAUCCCGUGACGGGAAAGACACAGACAAAGCGCAGAAGUGUGCCCUUUGCUCGAUCACAGAUCCCCGUCGAGUCGGAGCAGAGGAUGCGCUCCUUCCUAAGGGAUAUUAUGCCGCAUUUAGCUGAGCGGCCAUUUUCAUUUGCCCGGAUAUGCUGGUGCGCCGACACGGUGGACCGUAAAUAUUUGAUUGAUAUUCAUCCGGACCAUCCAUCGCUGGUACUUGCCUGUGGCGCGUCAGGUCACGGCUUCAAGCAUAUCUCUUCGAUUGGAUCAUUCGUUGUUGAUGCCAUUGAGGGCAAGCUGCACCCGAAGCUGAAGCACGCAAUGCGGUGGCGUCCCGAGCAAGCAGUCGGUCGGGACUGGGAUGACGUUCAGAACCGCAUGGGCGAUCCAUAUGCUAUGCAAGAUUUUCAAAAAGUCAAGGAGUGGAUGCCCACUCCGGAUCACAGUCAGUCAUCGGUCCAACUGGAUGAUGGAAGCAUAAAACAUACGGGGACAUGGAAAUGAUAAAAGUUGUGUAUAUAAAGUCCAUCUAAAUAGUUGAGUAAAGAAUUCUUUAUAUGAUGCCC